AUGGCGACUCGCGCACAACGGAAGGAGUGGUUAGAGAAAAGCAUGAAUCCUUUAUGUCAAAGGCCGCUGACGCGAACGCACAUCUCCGAGCGCAAUGCAGCCGCCUCGCCCCUCCUCCGCCUGCCUCCCGAGCUACGAAACUCGAUCUUCGCCUACGCCCUCUACCACGAGAGAUUCGUUCUCGAUCCCCCAGACUCAUCUGGUUACGUGGUCAAGUCGCGUGACAAGAAUCUACUCAGCCUUCUCUACGUUUGUCGUCAGAUCUAUUCCGAAACGGCAUACCUGCCGUACAAGCUGAACAGCUUCGAGAUCUGCCGAGACAGUCCCGUCAGCCUAGUCGCGUUCCUCAAGCGACGGACUGCUACUCAGAUAGAGCUCAUGCGGGAUGUAAUUAGGAGAUGGAACAUGCCGAGUCCAGAGAAGCACUCCGAGGGCGCUAAGUCUGAUCCUGCGCCUCACGCCAACCCGAUCUUCAACGACAUCGUCGAUAUCACUCCCGACCGCAGUACCGAGCUUGCGAUCGCGUCUCAUCCAGCCGCCGCCCGGGACGAAAUUUCCAAGCGCAACGCAGACUCCCCUCUCCUUCGCCUCCCCGCUGAACUCCGCAACAACAUUUUUGCCCUUGCCCUCACUCAGGGAGAUAUCAAGUGGAACUACGGCGCCUGGCUCAAGAACAAGAACUCGGUCAACCUUCUCUACGUUUGUCUCGCUAGCACCAAGCGCAACGCCACCUCAUCCCCACUCCUCCGUCUUCCCCCCGAGAUCCGCAACCACAUCUUCUCUCUCGCCCUCAAUCACGGUUACAUCCCGAUAAUCUUUCCAGAGCGCUCUCAUCGUUGGAAGAUUAAACGAGCUGAACACCAAGGCUUCGAAUAUCGCUACCACUACAAACAAUUCUGCAACAUCUUCUACAACCCCAUCAGCUUCUCGGCGAGGUCUUGUUCCUUCAAGCUGAAAAAGCGCCCAGUCCGCAAUUCCAAGCGUCUCAACCACCUCAAGCGGCCCGUCAACCUCCUGUUCGUGUGUCGCCAAAUCCACGCCGAGACCGCACUGCUUCCGUACAAAGUCAAUACAUGGGUGAUUGAAUUGAACAGGCCCUGGGAGAGGAUAAGAGAAGGCGCCACCACCGACGCUGACUCCGACAUGGAUCUCGAACAGCAGCCAGAAGAAGCGCGCGCUCAGAUUACUCAACACAAUGCUACCGCCUCUCCGCUUCUUCGUCUCCCCGCAGAGAUCCGCAACAUGAUCUUCGCCUACGCACUCAGUCACGGCGACAUCAAGCUGAACGUCAUCCCCAGGCUCGUAGACAGUGACAGGCGUAGAAGCUGCUGGAAGCAUCGCAACUGGGCCAACCCUAUUAACAUCAGUCUCCUCUAUGCUUGUCGCCAAAUUCAACACGAGACCGCGCUACUUCCAUACGAGCUCAAUGUCUUUGUGAUUUGCGGGAACAUUUCUGGGGUCAGGGACUUCCUCGAACUCAGGACAUCGGCACAGAUUGGCGCUAUGGCGAGAGUGCGGAGGGAAAUGGAGUCAACGACGGGGGUGCGACCCGCGACGGAAUGGUUGGAGCUAGUGCUACUUCAAGAUUGA